AUGGGGUGCAGGUGCUGCAAAAUGAUACAAAGCUAUAUUUUUGAUCCAGAAGAAGUACAAUCACCUGGAUGCAUUCAUGAAAUAAACAGCUACAAAUACAAUGAGCAAAGCAGCAAAAAAUCCAAAUUUAAAGAGAACAGUGAAAUUCAAGAACACAAAAAUGAACUCCAGAAGGAUGACCUAAAGAGAACAGAAAAUAAAACCCAGGGAAAUAGCACAAAAGAAACUCUCGGGAACCACAGGGGCAAUGAUUUUCAAGAGGACGGCCUUAUAAAGGGUGUUGGAAAUCUUGAUGUUGCAGUCAACGGUGGCAACUCCUGCACUGCACUGCACCCCAUGCUCAAUCCCAGCACAAACCCAGGAAAAGAAGCCAGUGAAUUGGGACCCUCCAGCCAGUCAGGAGAGUCUCCUUCAGCCAGCAACAGAGACUUUCACACAAAAUUAAAUAGGUCUGGCCAAGAACUUGACCUAGAGGUAGGCAGUCAAAGGAAGGCAGCCUGCAAUGAGCCAAACAGUAUUCAAGAUGGGAACUCCUGGUCUGCAGAUGAUAGCAUCUUUCUCAAAGGAAGUACAAUACUGGAGACACAAAACAAUGCCAUACAAGUUCUGGGUAUUGAUUAUCCACAAAAUGGCAAUCAAACCAGGAACUAUGUUGAAAAAGAUAGCUUUUCAGUCAACUGUGCACAUUCAGACCAAAACCCUGGGCAUUCAACAAUACAGGACAAGGACCUCUGUGUAACUCCACCUUCACCUAUGAAGGAGAGCAGUAUUGAACUUUUUAAAACUGACUCUGCAAGUUUGAGCAUGGGCAUUACCAAAGUAGCACAGGCACCCACACACCUCAACCACAAAGACAUCAAUGGAGAAAUUGAGGAGGAAGAUCCAGAAGUAGCAGCAGCUCUGGCUGCACUGGAAGCUGCAACUGCAGGGGAAGACCUGGAAGAUGAUGAUGAGUACUAG